AUGUUCGCGGAGCUGAGGACUAAGCUGAGCCCCCCGCGAGGCCGCGCCCGGGCUGUGCACGCCGGCUUCGGAGAGCGCCGGGAUGUGGACGCCACUGCCCACUUUAGUUUCUGCCGGACCCUCCUGGAGCACACAAUGUCAGCUGAGAGCAUCCCCUGCCACCUGCCUAGGACACCAGGCACCAGCCUCACGUGGCAUGAUUCACGCAGUCAGAGGGCAGCUGGUGGCCGGCCGGUCAAGCUCCUGCAGCAGCCGGGCACAGAGGCCCCCCAGGGCCGGCUAUACUCUGACCACUGUGGCCUGUAUCACACAAGUCCCUCCCUGGGUGGUCUGACAAGGCCUGUGGUCCUGUGGAGUCAGCAGGACGUCUGCAAGUGGCUCAAGAAGCACUGUCCCCACAACUACCUCGUCUACGUGGAAGCCUUCUCCCAGCAUGCCAUCACCGGUAGGGCACUGCUUCGGCUGAACGCGGAGAAGCUGCAGCGGAUGGGGCUGGCACAGGAGGCCCAACGGCAGGAGGUGCUGCAGCAGGUGCUGCGCCUGCAGGUGCGGGAGGAGGGGCGGAGCCUGCAGCUGCUCAGCCAAGCUUCCUUUGGACACAUGUCCUAGUGCUGCCCGAGGCUUGAACCCCAGACCCCAGCACUGUGACCGGAGCCCAUGGCAAAGACGAGGCACAGCCCCUCUCGGACCUUCAGGAGCCCCCAGGGGCCUACCCUGGCCCAAUGUACAGGUGGGACCAGGAUUGCCACCUCCAGCCACCUCUGGUUGUGCACUCUGGGCUAUGCCUGGGAUGGGGUGGGUGGGGGCUUCCUGAGUAUGGGCCCAUCUCCCAGAACCUGAGCCCAGGCCCACCCCCUGGUGCUGCUAGCGACAUUAGGGGCAGCCACCUGGAUCCGGGGGUUUGAAUGUUCCCCCAGACUCCCAGGGAGUGUUUAUUUAUAUUCCCUUCACCCAUGUCCUCUGGACAUCCUGUCCUCUCCCAGGGCAAGAGGUCUGUCUGUCUGCCCACUCAUCCAGUUCCACACCCUCCCCCAACACCUAGAAGACUACCCACAGAGGUGGGAUAAACUGCCAGACUCCCUUUGCUGUGUAUCUGUCCCCUGCCCCAGCCCAGGCCCAACCCACCGCCCAGAUGAUGGUCAUUGGCGUCCACCCAGCCAGGCACCCUGCCCAGGGCCUUCACUCAUUUUUUAUGAGACCCUUACCAUGCCCACAUCUAUUUAUGGGAAUUGAGGAGAGGCAGGUCCAGGAUUGCCCAGCACCCAAGACCUAAUGCAGCAUGAUAGAGACCCAGCGCCUAGCACUGGGCUGGGCCCAGUCCUGGCCUUGGGUUUGGGAAAGCUUCCCUCCUCCCAGGCUCAAGGAGGACACCCUGGAGGCACAGUAAUGGGCGGGCAUUCCCACUGCCCUUUCCCCAGGAAAACCCGGAUUCUCACAAGAGAUGGUCCUGAGGACUGCGCCCCCCCAUGCCUGCCCACUGGAGACCCAGCCAGCACCUGACAACCACUCCAUGGGCCAGAGGGCCCGAGGUUGGGGCUGGUGCUGCCCAGCAGAGGGACAGUGAGGGCCACCCUGCAGUCUCCUCCCUCCUCGUCCCCCGCUUGCCACUGCCCUAAAGGACUCUGAAAACCUCAGGGACAGAUGAGGCUGAGCCCCCAGCCACCUCUGUGCCCUGAGCUGGCUUCAGGACAGGAGGUUGGUGGUUUCAGGUCCCAGGUGGAAUUUGAAUAAUUGGCCUGGUGUUCCCCCACCCCGAGUCCCUCAGGGGAAGCCCCCUUGUCCUGUGUGGCUGCAGUGAGUGUCCCCCGCCCGUGCCAUCAGGAUAUCGCCCUUUCCAGAGCGCCCCUCCCAUCUCUUCCCCUUUCUCCCUCCUUUGUUUUGCCCCCAACCUCCUGUCUUGUCUUCCUUGUUUUGCGUUCACUUUUUUACAUUCUGAGAAAAAGACCAGAAAUAAACCUGGUUUUCAAGUGCCCCA